UUAAGCGAGGUUUCAUCCUUUUUCCGCUCUCUCUCUCUCUACUGAUAACCUAUCUCUCUCACUUCCUCCAAUGGCUUCCACAGCUUCCUCCUAUCUGAGUCGUCACGCCCAAAUCUCCAAGUCCACAUGGCGAACGAACCCUCCAAAGCUCAACCACCACCAUAACCAGAAGCCCCUCAAGAACCUCCAUUUCCUCUUCGGUUCCUCUCUCCUCAAACUGUCUCUCUCCUCUUCUUCCCCUUUCCCUCUCACUCUCAAACCCCCUCCUUCCCCCGCUCCGCCCCCAGUCCUCGACACCUUCCGCGACAACGUCGCCGAGCUCGAAAACCUCGACACCGCAAUGACCUUCCAUAUCGAAAACAGCACCAACACCAGCAAUCCUAGGAUUUUUUUCCAGGACCCCCCGCCCUGGAUCGCAUCCCUUUUCUUGAAGGGGAUAUUCAAUGGCGGCGAGGCGGUGAGGGUGGAGUCGCGGGAAAUCGAGCGGCGGAGGUACAAUCUGCUGCGGCGGCGGCAGAUUAGGGCGGAGACGGAGGCGUGGGAGCGGACGGCGGAGGAGUACCGCGAAAUUGAACGGGAAAUGAGGGAGAGGAAGCUGGCGCCGAAUCUGCCGCACGUGAAGGCGCUGUUCCUCGGGUGGUUCGAGCCGCUGAGGGACGCCAUUGAGAGGGAGCAGAAGAUAGAGGGGGGAAAGCGGAAGACGGCGUUCGCACCGAACAUCGACUCGUUGCCGGCGGACAAGAUGGCGUUGAUUGUGAUGCACAAGAUGAUGGAGAUGGUGAUGGUGGCGAACCAGGACGGAUGUGUUCUGCUCGUCCAGGCUGCGGUUCGGAUUGCCAUGGCUGUAGAACAUGAGGUGAGGAUUAGUUGUUUCCUGGAGAAAACUAAAAAGAGUAAGAGAAUGAAGAUUGUAGCUGACAAUGAAGAGGCACUGAGCAAGGAGAAGGAGGUACUGAGGAAAAAUAUUAAUGGUUUAAUUAGAAAGAGAAAACUGAGUAAGGCGCAAAGGCUACUGGUAAAAGGGGAGUUUAAGCCUUGGAGCCGAGUUACCCAGGCUAAGCUGGGAAGUCGUCUGAUAGAAUUAUUAACUGAAACAGCUUAUGUACAGCCGCCACUUGACCAUCCAGUAGAUGAUGCACCUGAUAUUAGACCUGCAUUUAGGCAUAGAUUUAAGUCUAUAGCAAAGACUACAGUGCAGAGAUUUGUGAAGAAUUAUGGUGUUAUAGAAUGCGAUCCCUUACUUCUUACAGGGCUUGAUAAAACUGCUAAGCAUAUGCCGAUUCCUUACGUGCCAAUGUUGAUACCUCCGAGAAAAUGGAAAGGAUAUGACAGGGGUGGGCACUUGUUCCUGCCUUCUUACAUUAUGCGUACUCAUGGAUCUCGGAAGCAGCGAGAUGCAAUUAAGACUAUUCCCGGGAAACAGAUGCAGAAAGUAUUUGAGGCUUUGGAUAUGCUCGGAAACACCAAAUGGCGGGUAAAUAAAAGAGUGCUUAGUGUUGUGGAGAGCCUUUGGGCUGGAGGUGGCAAUGUUGCUGGCUUAGUUGACCGUAAAGAUGUUACGGUACCAGAGAAACCAACCUCCGAGGACUUGAAAGAAAUUCAAGAAUGGAAAUGGAGUGCGAGGAAAGCAAAGAAGAUAAACAUGGAGCGGCAUUCUCUAAGAUGUGAUAUCGAACUAAAACUUUCUGUGGCUCGAAAACUAAAAGAUGAGGAAGGCUUUUAUUAUCCUCAUAAUCUUGAUUUCAGAGGUAGAGCAUAUCCUAUGCAUUCGCAUUUGAAUCAUUUGAGUUCUGAUCUCUGUCGGGGAGUCCUGGAGUUCGCGGAAGGACGACCAUUAGGCAAGUCUGGGUUACGCUGGCUCAAGAUACAUUUGGCAAAUCUAUAUGCUUGUGGAGUUGAAAAGUUUUCGUAUGACGGGCGGUUAGCUUUUGUGGAGAAUCAUAUUCAUGAUAUAUUUGAUUCGGCAAACAACCCUAUUAAUGGAAAUCGCUGGUGGUUGGGGGCUGAAGAUCCGUUUCAGUGCUUAGCUGCUUGUAUUAAUCUAUCAGAAGCGUUAAAUAGCUCAUCGCCACAUACUGUCAUUUCUCACUUGCCUAUUCAUCAGGAUGGUUCGUGUAAUGGCUUGCAGCACUACGCAGCCCUGGGAAGAGACAGUUUGGAAGCAGCUGCAGUCAACUUAGUUGCUGGAGAGAAACCUGCCGAUGUUUACUCUGAAAUUGCUAGGAGGGUUCAUGAUAUGAUGCUGAGGGACAGCAACAAAGACCCAGCUAGCAAUCCAAAUGCUUUACUAGCCAAGAUUUUAAUUGAUCAGGUUGAUAGGAAAUUGGUGAAACAGACAGUGAUGACUUCUGUAUAUGGUGUUACUUAUGUGGGGGCACGUGAACAGAUAAUGAGAAGAUUACAUGAGAAGGGUCUUAUUCCUGAUGACAGGCAAAUAUUCAAUGCAUCUUGUUACGCUGCUAAAGUGACAUUGGCUUCCCUCGGAGAGAUAUUCCAAGCUGCACGUGCAGUUAUGAACUGGCUUGGUGAUUGUGCCAAGGUAAUCACUUCACAAAAUGAGCCUGUCCGGUGGACCACUCCUUUAGGUCUUCCUGUUGUGCAACCCUACUACAGAAGUGAAAGACAUCUUGUGAGAACAUCUCUUCAGGUUUUGGCCCUGCAGAGAGAGGGUACCUCUGUAGAUGUUAGAAAGCAGAAGUCUGCAUUUCCUCCAAAUUUUGUUCACUCACUCGAUGGUUCACAUAUGAUGAUGACUGCUAUUGCCUGCAGGGAUGCUGGCUUACGCUUUGCAGGGGUGCACGACUCCUUCUGGACACAUGCGUGUGAUGUGGACCAAAUGAAUCAGAUACUUCGGGAAAAAUUUGUGGAGCUGUAUAGCAUGCCAGUACUUGAGAAUUUGCUGGAAAGCUUCCAAACAUCAUAUCCAGGACUAGCAUUUCCUGCCCUUCCAAAGAGAGGCGACUUUGACUUGGAAGAGGUUCUUAAAUCUCCUUACUUUUUCAACUAAUCCUUCAAACGAACGAAAAUAGUAAGAAACUUCAUCCUCGGUAUAAUUGAAGAGUCAAUGAAGAAAAGUUCAUUCAGAAAUGGACCAAGGCUGAAAAGUGGAAAGCAAGAGACUGGGGUUGCUCCCAAGAAGCCAGAUGGAUUGUAAAAUUGAAUUCAUAUGGUUCUUUGGCCAAUUCGGCCGCGCUGGGGCUUCAAAACUGACAAACGGUGAUCGAGUUCAGUGUCUCAUCACUUGCUCUACAUUUGGGGGCCAGAGGGGAUAAAAUCAAAUUGUUCUACCAUGUACAGUACAGUAAACAACUUCUCCACUGAAGCUAAUUGUUCCAUUUCUUAAAUGCUUUUUUCUAAGGCAAGAAACAAGUGGGUGCAAAGUUCUUUCAGCGUUUUUGAGCUGUGGGGACUUGUUUUGUGUUUUUGAAGGAUGUAAAUAUACAUGUAUUCUGAUGUAUCACAUGUAUCUUUUGUACAUUACAACCGAAACAGAGGGAAUAUUACUGACAUGUGUAAGUAUUUAUUUCACAUUUUUAGCAAUAAAUCAGUAGAAUGAAAAGUAUUAUUCUUCAUUCAUUCAGAGGUAGUUCCUUAAAUGUUACAUCUCCAUUC